UUCGAUUCCACUUGUUGAUUAUUUUGCGAAAGCGUAAUCCAUUCAAGUGUGUCAAUGCAAAAAUGUACAUAUACGAGCUACCGUUUGAUAUUAACAAGAAAUUGUGUAGAUUAUUAGACAAUGACGAUAUUUGGAAGGACUUGGCUGGCCGCAUGAACUAUUCCGCCUUUGAUGUCAACGAAAUCGAGCAAACAGCGAAACGUCAAACAACAUCACCGACAAGCUUACUCCUCAUACGUUGGGGCCAGUUCAACCACCGGGCGGAGGAGUUACUAGUACUGCUGUACCGGAUGAAACACUUCCCGGCGAUGUCUUGCCUUAUACCGGUGGUGGAUAAGAAGUUUCAGAAGUUAGCGAAUAAACAUGAUAUUUGCGGCGCGGGGAAUACUGCACCACUUGAAGAAAACUUGAAAAGGCACAAAACAGCAACAAAAAGUGAGAGUAUACCUCUACCUGUGAUGUUAAUAGAAAACAAAGGCCAAGUUAAGGACGCCCACAUGGUGCCUUUGCCAGUUUCAAACACAAAUGGCCGCACCACGACAGCGGAGUCAAGUACCGACGUGUCGAUGGACGCUGGUCCCGUAGAGGAUGAGCUGAUGAAGACCACGAUCCCCGUGAUGCAGUACAGAGACCUCGAGGAAGCCACGGGCAACUGGUCUCAGAACAACCUGCUCGGCAGAGGAGGGUUCGGGCAGGUGUACAAAGGUGAAUGGAAACUCCUGCCCGUCGCUGUGAAAGUUCUCAGCAGUAAAGACAACCACAAGGAGCUGAUCAGAGAACUGACCAGCGACCAGUUUAGACAUGAUAACAUAUUGCCCUUGUAUGGGUACAGCGUUGGAGGUCCAAAAGUGUGUUUAGUGUACCAACUGAUGACGGGAGGGUCUCUGGACCACAGGCUCAAGUGUACGACGUACCACCCCCCUUUGACGUGGUGCCAGCGGUACAUGAUAGCGCAGGGCGUUGCUAGGGGUCUGUCCUACCUCCACACGAUGUGUCGCCCCCCGUUAAUACACGGGGACAUCAAACCGGCCAACAUACUUCUGGACCAGUGCACUAUGCCCAAGAUCGGAGACUUCGGGCUGGCGCGGCGAGGCACACACGCCGAUCGACCGCUGCUUGUGUCAAAGAUCCACGGCACCCGCCCCUACAUUCCAAACGAGUAUCUCCGCUCACACAGAAUAUCUCCAGCAGUGGACGUAUUCAGCUACGGCGUGGUGUUAUUUGAAAUGGCCACCGUACAGAAACCUUUAGAUCCGGAUCGACGGAAGGAGUUGCUUAGCGAUUAUAUGCACUCGAAGGCCCAGCAGCAGGGUUUCGACAUGGCCACAUUAGAAGACGCCAAGCUCAUCAACACAGCGGAGUCGUUCCCCUUGCUGUGCCGCGCGGUCAUCCGGCUCGGGCUCGCGUGCGCGUGGCAGGAGAGCGCGCGCAGCCCCGCCAUGCCCGACGUGUACGCCGCGCUGCGCGCCAUGCCCGUGCCCGAGGACUGGCUGUGACCACACACACACCUACUGACUUAUGAUGAUGAUGAUAUCCUGUUAUCCCUCAUCAGGGACAUAGGGCUCUCAGAAGAGAUUUCCAUUUUUCGCGGUCCAGCGCGGCCUCCUCCAGCUCC